AUGUUGGCGCAAGCUGAGGUUGACCUCUACGAGGUCCUAGAGAUCCAUCGCGGCGCGAGCAAGGAUGAGGUUCGGAAGGCAUACCGGAAGGCUGCGCUCGCAAGCCAUCCUGACAAAGUCCCCGAAUCCGAGCGCGAAGAGGCCGAGAUCAAGUUCAAGUCUGUGCAGGAGGCAUAUGAUAUCCUCUACGAUGAAGAAAAGCGAGAAAUCUACGACACCCAUGGCAUGUCUGCAUUCAACGGCUCCGGCGAACCCGGGAUGGGCGCUGCACCCGACCUCGACGACCUGCUAGCGCAGAUGUUUGGUAUGGGUGGCAUGGGCGGCAUGCCAGGAGGAGCUGGACCCCGUCCGAACCGACCGCGGAGAAGCGCCAACGAGGAGCAAGACUAUGAAGUUAGCCUCGAGGACCUGUAUAAGGGCAAGACGGUCAAGUUUGCCAGCACGAAGAACAUCAUCUGCGGCCUGUGCAAGGGCAAGGGCGGCAAGGAGAAGGCGACGGCCAAGAAAUGCUCGACUUGCGACGGCCAGGGAUACAAAGAGGUCUUGACCCGGAUGGGCCAGUUUCUUACUCAGUCCACAGCUCCCUGUACCGUGUGCAACGGGCAGGGCUCUUUCUUCAGCCCCAAGGAUAAAUGUAAGAAGUGCAAGGGGAAGAAGACGACGGAGGAGAAGAAGAUCCUGGAGAUUUGGAUCCCCCGAGGCGCACGGGAGGGAGAGAAGAUCGUGUUGGAGGGCGAGGCGGACCAAGUCCCCGACCAAGAGCCUGGCGAUAUUGUUUUUAAGGUGGUCGAGGAGGAACACCCGGUAUUCACCCGGGCCGGCUCGGAUUUGAGCGCGACUAUCGAUAUCACGCUGGCCGAAUCCUUGAGCGGGUUCUCGCGCGUCGUGAUCAAGCACCUUGAUGGCAGAGGCAUCGAGCUCAAGCACCCCCAGACCCCCGGCGGAAUUCUUUCUCCGGGACAAGUGCUCAAGAUUCCUGGCGAGGGAAUGCCCAUCAAGCGCAGCGACAAUCGCGGGGACUUGUAUUUGGUGGUCAAUGUCAAAUUCCCCGACGCGAACUGGAAGCCCACCCCGGCGAUGCUGGAGAAACUCAAGGAGCUGCUCCCGAAGCCGGACACGCCCAUUGUGUCAGACACCGUGGACGAGGUCGACUACGACCCCAAGGCUAAAUUGGAGGACUUUGGUGCUCAUGAUGGCCAUGGCGGAUCGGCCUGGAUGGACGAAGAUGACGACGAGGAACCGGCGCAGUGCGCGGCUCAAUAA